ACAAAGAUUAAAGGGGUAAAAUAAUGCUGCGAAAUCCCAACCCGUGCUAUGUAUGCAACAAACACAAGGCACACCGAUACUGAGUCGAACUAGUAGCACACAUUUCCUCCCUCGCUGCACUACCCACGUGUAACGCGUGUCUAUUCUAUACUAUAUUUUCCGAUUUAGAUCAGUCGUGAUCGCAUCCACCACCACCAACAACCGUCUCUGUCAUCUGAACUGAAGGAUCGCAGUAUCAAUCCAUGGCCGUGGUUGCUUCUGCUCCUGGAAAAGUGUUAAUCACUGGGGGUUACCUUGUUCUGGAGAGACCCAAUGCAGGACUUGUUCUCAGUACUAAUGCUCGUUUUUAUGCUAUUGUUAAACCCAUUUACACUGAAACUAGACCUGAUGCUUGGGCCUGGGCUUGGACUGAUGUUAGAUUAACCUCUCCUCAGCUAUCCAGAGAAGCUUUGUAUAAAUUAGCACUCAAAAAUCUUACUAUACAAACUGUUUCCUCAAGUGAAACAAGGAACCCUUUUGUGGAAUAUGCAGUGCAAUACUCUGUGGCUGCUGCUUAUGCAACGUUUGACCAGAAUAAAAAAGACUUGUUACACAAACUACUUUUACAAGGUCUUGACAUUACAAUUUUGGGUUCCAAUGAUUUUUAUUCUUAUAGGAAUGAGAUUGAGAGGCGCGGACUCCCUUUGACACCAGAAUCAUUGGCCACCCUUCCACCUUUUGCCUCCAUUUCCUUCAAUACCGAUGAUGCUAAUGAAGGAAACUGUAAGCCUGAAGUUGCUAAAACUGGGUUGGGCUCAUCUGCAGCCAUGACAACAGCUGUAGUUGCUGCUUUACUUCAUUACCUUGGCGUCGUAAAGAUUUCCUCUUCAAAAGAUCAUCAGGACAGGAAGGAUAUUGCAGAUCUUGAUAUGGUUCAUAAAAUAGCUCAAACUGCACACUGUAUUGCACAAGGGAAAGUUGGUAGUGGGUUUGAUGUAAGUUCCGCCGUGUAUGGCAGUCACCGCUAUGUGCGGUUUUCACCCGAAGUGAUUUCUUCCACUCAGGUUGCAGCUACAGCAGUGGCCUUGCCAGAAGUAAUCAACGACAUUCUAAAAGGAAACUGGGACCAUGACAGGACCCAGUUCUCUUUACCACCUUUGAUGACUCUUAUACUAGGGGAACCUGGAACUGGUGGAUCGUCCACACCAUCAAUGGUUGGUGCUGUCAAAAAAUGGCAAAAGUCUGACCCUGAGAAAGCUCUGGAAACAUGGAGAAGAUUGUCAGAGGCAAAUUCAUCAUUGGAAACACAACUGAACUUGUUAAGAAAAUUAGCAAAAGAACAAUGGGAUGCAUACAAGUCUGUGAUUGACAGCUGCAGCAUCCUCAGAUCCGACAAGUGGAUUGACCAAGCUUCUGAACCUAACAAGGAAGCAGUUAUUAAAGCACUCCUAGGCUCCAAAGAGGCAAUGGUGGGGAUCAGAUAUUAUAUGCGCCUAAUGGGUGAGGCUGCAGGUGUUCCGAUUGAACCAGAAUCACAAACACAACUUCUAGAUGCUACAAUGAACUUGGAAGGCGUAUUGUUAGCUGGAGUUCCCGGAGCAGGAGGAUUUGAUGCAGUCUUUGCUGUAACUUUGGGAGAUUCAAACAGCAAUGUGACGAAAACAUGGAGUUCAGUUAACGUUCUCGCCAUGUUGGUUAAAGAAGAUCCUUGUGGAGUUUCAUUAGAAACUGCUGACCCACGAACCAAUGAAAUCACAUCAGCUGUAUCUUCUAUUCGUAUUGAAUAAGUUUAUUUCCACCUGUAAAAUAAGUCACCACAAGAAUAUUCUGUGGAAUGUGGCUUUUAGACUAGGCAUUAUUAGUUUCUUUCCAUUUUUUAGGGGGUAAAAUGAGUGGGUGAUUGAGAAUAAUCUUAGUGCUUGGGUUUCUAACAGAGCAGAAAAUUCUUUGAAUAAUAAAAUGUGUAUCAUCAAAAUUUCAAAUGUGUUGUCCAAAUACAUUCCUUGCCUUUUUGGAUCUA